UUUUUUUGCAGUUAAUGUAACUCAUCAAGCAGCAGGAGCGAGCAUGCCUAAGCCCCGCCUCCUCUCCUUAACUUGUUAAGCGCGCAGGAGUGCACGCGCCAGUCAGAUCAGAUCAAUCGCGAGCAUCGCAGACGCAGACAUGACUGGACUGUACAAUCAAAGAAUGGACGCAAACGUCGUCGUACUUGGCACAGAUAAUGUUGGAAAAUCUGCUCUUAUUGUUCGAUUCCUGACUCGUAGAUUCAUCGGGGAAUAUGGAGAUACAGAGUCCCUUUACACUCACAAUGUUGUUGUGGAUGGACGAGAGCAAACUCUGAAUAUUUGGGAUGCACCAUAUUCCCAGCAGGAUCUGUCACCUGUGUCCCUCACGUGUGAGAAAAGAGUCCAGUGGGCAGAUGGCUUUGUGCUGGUCUACAGUAUCUGUGACCGAGCCAGUUUCAAUGCUGUCCCAAGACUUAUUCAAACCAUUAAAAGCAAUAAAGACAUUCUUGGCUAUGAGAAGAUACCCAUUGUUAUUGUAGGAAACAAAAGGGAUCUGCAUCAUCGUCGUACGGUCCUCAGCGAGGAGGGGAGGCUGCUGGCGCUCUCUGCAGACUGUCAGUUCUAUGAGGUUUCAGCUGCUGAGAAUUACCACAGCGUUCUCGUGGUUUUUCAUGGGCUGGUGGAUCGUAUCAGGGAGUCAAGAAUGUCUGUGAAGAAGUUAGCAGGCAUUAAGGGCAUUGUGAAGAGCAUGUCUGCUGUGUUCGCCCGCAGGCGAACAGAUUCGCUCUGAAGCUGAUGGGAGACCUGGCGAUGAAGCUUAUGUGGUCUGAUGUGACCUGUUUAAGAUGCCAAUUAGAGGGACUCACAGGUUGGGCUUAAGCCAUUGUUGGCACAAGCUCGCACGACGGUCCAGAAUAUCAGACUACAGCUGGGCCUUACAAGUGGGCAGCUACCAGAGGAGUGUUGUUCAGGGAAUUUAAGACCUAGUGUGUCUUCUAAAGUGAUGGCUUCUGUUGAGAACGUGACAGCAGUUCUUAAGAAAAUGCUAAAUCUGCAAAUUAUUUCAUGCAAAAGUGGAGUAGCACUGUAUUUUUGCUUUAAGCAGAAAAGAUGGCAAUGCAAAAGCUGGUAAACACUGGUGCAUGUUUAUUUUGUGAGUCAGUGCUACUCUGCUGACGUGCUGUGGUCUAAAAAUGUAAGAAGCAGAAGCAAUGCAACAUUGUCUUUUGCAACAUUUAUCAAACACAGCAAGUCUGCCACACUAGAAAUAUUGUAUCAUCAUCCAGCUGUCAUUAGUUCAAGGUCAUGUUGCAGGUAAAUAACAAUGGACUGUUUAAAGAUACAGUACUGUAUUAACCCUCUACAUGCACCCCGAUUUACAUGACAUCAUAGUACUGUACAGCUUCUGCUCCGAGGCUGUGCAAGUGCUGUAUAAUGCAGAAUGUUCACGUGUAUUGAUUUCUUGACCACGUAAUGUUUAAAACUUCAAUAAACCAAAAAUGAUACAAUGAACUAAACCUAAUGAAGAGUUCCCAUGAGUGUCACUGUACAGUAAGAUGUUAUAAUCACUAGUAAAUUAAUAUUCUGUAUUUGUAACAGAUACAAAUAAAUUAAAUACUUUGUUAUCACCAAAA